AUGCAAUAUGCCACUCUCAUGAGGUUUGUUAUUGUCAAACUGUUCAUCCGUCUGCCUAUCAGCUCAACCAUCCUCCUCUCCAAACUUCAAAGCACAUCAAAUCGUAACUUGUUGUUAUACUUACUAAUGCGUGGUCACGGUGCAAUUGCUACAUCGGACAUGUUCGCAGUUCGUGCAAAUGUAAUACGUGACUGGUUCAGGAGCCAUAUUGGGCUACCUAAAGAUGCAAUCAGUUUGACUUACACCCAUUUCCGAGCUCCAAAACGGGCUCGAAGCUCGAGCUUUAUUCCGAUGCGGCUCUGCGGUCGACUGACACUCAAGGCUCGGGGUUACCGCGAAGGAUGCAACCCAACGCCGCCCGGGGUACCAAUGAGAAGUCUCGUUUUCCCAGAAACGUGA